GCGAGCACUGAAAUAUUGAAUUUGGACUCGCUGUUUCUUGCAUUUCUUUUACUUACCGAAAGUGAAUUUUGCGUGCAAAUGAGUGUCAGGAGGACUGAAUUGGACAAGAGGUAAUCAUCUACGACAGAUGGCGCUUCUUAUUUAUAGUAUUGAAAUAUUUGCCGUGAAAUAAGACGCGGGACGCACGCGCGGGACGCGCGCGCAUGACGUCAGAAAUACGUCACACUCAACCGUCCCCGGUGCGAUUUAUUCGCGAUCGUUCUGUGUUUCUCGCGCCUUUUUAUGCGGCAAAACGUAUAUAUAUUUCACAACGCGGUCAAGAAGUGUCUGGAAUGCCGAAUUGAACAAUGGACAAUCGUCUCAGUGUGUCUAUAAUUGUUUUUGGGUACGCGACUUUCGUGUGUAUUUAACGUUAUUUAUUCGUCCAACAAAUAUCGCAUGUGCCAUCCGCGACACGAAAAGCAUCGAAAAGCAACAAAAACAUCGAAAAAUCGCUAUGAUAUAUUUAUGAAUGCAAGUGAUGUCGUUUGCCUGAGAUAUUCGCGUCCGCAUAACAAAUAUGGCGUAGUCAAUAUGUGUUAAACGCUCUCCGGUUCGUUUCGAAUUUUCGCGUCUUUUUAUCCGUCGGAAAUGAAUUUCGCAUGUAAAGCAUCCGGAAUGUCGAAUUAAAUAUCGGGCGAAACGCGAGUGAAUCAAUGAAUUAGUGAAAUAAUAAAGAUUUUAGUUUUACGAAACACGAAUAAAAUAAUGAACUAAUAAACCGUAUUUAAUAAGUGCAUGAAAAAAAGUGAUCAAGAAUGUCACAUAAUACAUUCACGAAGACGUCUGGAGCGAAAAAGUAACCUGGAGCAGAAAAAAAUAAAGCAAUCAGUAACGGAAAGGAGUAAGAUACAUCUGUACAUUCAACAGCGCAUCGACCGAUUUCGAAUAGACAACACAGAUCACAUAAUCGAUGUGAACAAAAAUAAUGCAGCGUUCGAGUACGAUCAGGUCAAUCUAAUAUGUCCUGUGUACCCGGACAUGUAUGUCGAUGAUGAUACGGAGAAGUACAUCAUCUAUAAUGUGUCCAAGGAGGAGUACGAGACAUGUCGGAUAACGAAUCCCAGUCCGCGAGUAAUAGCGGUGUGCGACAAGCCGCACAGAAUGAUGUACUUUACCAUCACCUUCAGGCCGUUCACGCCACAACCCGGGGGCCUCGAGUUCCUCCCGGGCCACGAUUACUACUUCAUCAGCACCUCGUCCAAGGACGAUCUCCACAGGCGCAUUGGCGGACGGUGCACCAGCCACAACAUGAAGGUCGUCUUCAAGGUCUGCUGCAACAACGAGGCCGAAACCUCCUCCUCGGCGACAUCGCGUAACAACUCCGUAGCCGUGACCAGCAGCACCGUGCCCAGCAGCAGCUCGACAAGCACCGCGGUUUUGGGCGGUGGAUCCCCCAGACUGCCGCCCCCGCAGCAGCCGACCGUCCACAGGGGCGGAGAUUAUUUCUACCCGGUGGGCACCAACGUUCAUCAUCAUCACGAUCAUCAUCAAGCAGGCACGGCGGCGCCGACUCACGUGCCCCCGCAGGUCAUCUACCCUCCGCAUCCGCAUCAACCGCAGCCGCCGAUUCACAAUGGAUCGCCGUCCUCGCCGCCGAUCACGCCGCCCAAGACCUCGACAGGUCAAAAGAAGAAGAACAACGAGUACUCAAACCAUCCGAACGAGGUGGUGAAAAACGAGGAACUGACGUACAACGGCGCGAGUUCAUACGACUCGCGAGUCCGAUACGCACAGAGUCUGAUUCUGGCGAUGAGCAGCAUGCUGAUGAGCGCGUUGCUGCAGCAGCUGCUGCGGUGAAGCGACAGCACCGACCAUGUACGAGAGCAUCGUAUAUCCCAUGCGUCGAAACCCCUUCUUCUGUGAUUAUCCUACGUUUAAUUGAUUUCUUGAGAGACGCGCGAGGCACACACGCGCGUUCCUCGGCCGUCCCUCGAUCGUAGUGAAACGCACGAUCCACGGUCGCGCCGACUCGAGAGACAGCAGAGAAGAGAGAAGUUGACGGAGAGAGAGCGAAAGACAAGACGAAGAGCGAUAGAGAGACAAUGUCGAGAGAAGAGACACGCACGACACACGAGCGGCAACGCCAUAUUAACUACAAUUAACGAACCAGCGGGGUCCCAGGGUGUAAUACGGCAUUAUGACAAAGAUGACGAGGGUUAUAGAAACGAGAAGUAGGAGAGAAAACGGAGAAAAAAAAGCCGGAAAGAAGAACGCUACUACUAGACACUACUUAUAAUACACGCCCACUAUUAUCACUACUAUAAAUGGUAGUCGUAUUGGUUGUCCUUCUUAUCAUUAUGCUAACUGUAGGUAUUUAUUCAAAUAUGUGAAAGACGAGAGCGCGGGAGUCGUGGCAGCGUGCUAAGUAUCCUCGAGCGAGAACGAAACGAAGAGAAUGUCUAGCGUGUACUAGUAGCAGAGCUACGAUGCGAAUCCGUCAAAUCUUUGAUUCAAAGCGCCGCGAAUUCUCAAAUUCAGGAAAAAAUGUCGCGUGUUGGCUCGGUUAACGACGACGAACGGUCCUUCGUUAAGGGGUCCUCGCCCGGGACCGGCAAGGACAUAGCUUUUUCUGAGCGCAAUCGUCCGAAUGCGCCGUGCUUUGAAAAAAAAGAGUACCUGAAAAUCCUUGUAUGUUUUUCGGUUCGCGGCCGCAAAACGGUAAUAAUCCGGAACGAUUGCGAUCUUUAUCGCGAAAGCCUCCCGGAAAUCACGUAAAAACUUCAACUCAAAGUUGCGAUGCACAGUAGUUCCUCGAUAAUCGGACGACUCGCCGGGCAAAGAAUCGAAGAAUGAAAAGAUUCGUAUGGGAAUAAUCGUGUUUCUUGCGCGACGUUUAAGUUCGGACCGAUCGCUGCAUCCGUCCGGCCGAUCGCAGGACGCCGAGGACGAAGGAUCAUUCGAGUUCGCGUGCGACAUCGUGAGUAGGAUAAUUAGCACGCGUGUAAAUAAAUUCCUAAUGAAUAUGUACAAGUGGCUCCCGCGGCCGCCUUUGCCGACGGGCAGCGGACGGCCGGGGAGAUUUAAGAAAGAGUGCCGUAUUUCUAGGUAAAAUCUUAUAAUAUGAGACGAAAGAGAGGAAGUGUGUGUCGGAGAAAGUAUGAACGAAAGUAUGUGUAUUAUGCGAUUAUUGUGCGAACUGUGUGAGAGGAUCGUCGAACAAAGCAAAUCUCCGUCACGAUGGUCUAAUUAUUGUCGCAAGUCAACGACGAACACAUAGCGUAUAUCGUUGACUCGAGCUGUUGAAUAAAGAAGAUAGCGGAAAGAAAGAGCGAGUGAGAGAAUAGAGAAUAGCGCGCGAGAGAGACUGAGCCGCGAAUCGAAUAAGAGAAUAGAUUUGUAUAAUAGCUGUACCAUACCGAGACUUCUAUCUAUAGAUCUGUAUUAUAUUUAUUAUCCGCUAUCAUUACGCUACGAAUAUUCAACACUCGAUAUUCUAUAUUUGCUAGUGAAACGUCAAAUUUAAUAGCGAACAAAUUAAUGUACCGCUGGCGCUGGGGGUGAAGCGGUGAUCGCGGCACGAACGAACCCCCUGGGCCAAUCCCCGUCGUUUGUUGUUUUCCUCGUUCUUCAUUUCAUUCUAAUCAUUGUACACGAAUAAUAUUUCCAUUGCCCGUUCGAUCAUGUUUUCUGAUUUAUUGACUUUUUUUGUUUUCUUUUAUUAUUAUUCUAUUUAUUAUUCACUACCAGAAAAAGACUCGAGCGUGCGUAUCAUCGCAUGGGCGCGUAUACACGUUUCAUGCCAUACUUUAUCAUUUACGCAAUAUUCGGCAGCAUCGUGCGCGUUGAGAGCGGGAUCGCGUAUACGCGCGCUCGUUACGCGCACACGAGGACGAAGGACGAAGCAGUGAGUAAUUUUUCGUUCGUGUCGGCCAGAAGGGAAUAUUGCAAGCGCGACUGCACUAACGAAUUAUUGUAAAUACGAAUUUAUGCGGGAAGUGAGUACCGUGUCGAGAGGAUGUGUGAGUGUAUAUGUGUGUGCGUGCAAGAGCGAAAGAGAAAGAGAGAUCCUUAUUCAGAAUCCUUAGAUAGCGAAACGGGAAUCCUUAAGAAACGUCGAAGGUUGCAUAACACGGUCCGACUCGCUUUCAGAAAUUUAAUUCACGGUACAUCGAACUCUACUUGCGUCUGCGACCGCGAGAGCAGCACUUUGUUUGCGAUCAAUCGAGAAUUGUGAACACAGCGGAUAUUCAGCUACAUCCGAAUAACAUUAUCCAUGUAGUAUUGUAAAUUUAGGUAUCACAUCUCCGCUACUCACUCUUGUCCGUUCGCCUGUUUGUAUUUAUACUCCUUGUGUGUUGUAUCCUUGCAAUUGCGACGAGCGAAUCGAUCGACGCAAAUCUUUCACGAUUCCAAUCGCUUAUUAUUCCGAAACUCAUAUAUAUUACUUUUUUUUUAGGCAAAACGCAUUCGCAGACAAUUAUCGUGUCACAAAAUAUUCAGUGUUUAUCAGGAUAAAAACUCAUUUGCGUUACAAAACUGAUUUUCCGGCUUGAAAUCUCCUGAUAGCAUUUUAAAAUCUUGUUUUGCGGGACUUGCGGGAAAAUUUCACUUUGCGAACGCUCUCGCACGUUACAAUCGCAUUGUUGGGAAUCGUGAAAAUAUUGGAGACGAUAGACCGCGAGUCGCAAUUACUGCUUCAAAUCACGAUGAAGGAAGAAAAAUGCCGCUUGGAUCGAUUGUUUGCGUAAAGUGCGAUAUACGCAGAGGCAGGUGGAAUCACGUGAAUGGUACUCAUUCGCACGGGCGAUAAGUGAAUGCGCUAUAACAGUAAUAUAGACUCGAAGUAUUCGACAAUUCUAGAAAAUAGACAAGGUCACUCACUGCAAAUUCAUUUUUUCUUUUUUAUUUUAUUUCCCUUUUUCUUUUGUUUCGUUUCCGCCUCCCACCCGCAUCUACACACCACAUCACGUUCCAUGCCUGCAGAUUGCACGACGUGAGGCGUCCUGCUGCUGAUGAAAAAAAAAAUGUAUUUUUUUAACAACAGAUAGAACGUAUCUCCGGUGGGUUUGUUUGUUCAGAGACAUAUGUAAAUAGAUGUAACGUGUAUACAUGCGGAUCUAUACCGCCGUGUUAACGAGUCAGAUCUAUAUUGCAGUCCGCGCGAUCUGUGGACCUGUCGAUGCAGUUUAAACACGUGUAAAUAAACGUCCGAAGUAGAAUUAAAAGGAAAAAAAAGGAAAGAAAAAAAAGGGAAAACGAGAAAACAGGAUACGCUUCACGUCUAUCCCGAGGAAAACCCCAAGUUCCCCGCCUGCUGUUACGUUCGACACUUCAUUUACGUAAUCAUCCACUCGUGUGCGUGUGUAAGAACAAGAAAGGAUGCCCGACGAGGUACGCGCGGGUGUCCCUCGAGCGAAUGAGAGACGUCGCGCGUAUUCUCACUCACAUUAAGGAAAAAGAAACUUGUUCCUCUCUUCUCAAGAUCGACGGUAAAAUAUCCACCGCGCCGACGAUAAGCGGCCGCGCGGCUUAUAAUGAAUUAAUUGAUUAACGUAAAAGAGCGAGGAUAAAGUGAAUUUCGUAGAUAUGCAUCUUUGUAAAUAAACAAAUUAACGGUUAAUAACGAUAAACACGAUGAAAUUUAUAUUAAAAUGCAUAGCGAAUACGAGAUAGGUUUCUAAUAACGAUUUAUUAUAAAAAUUAAAAAAAUGAAUGUAUGUUGAUGUCUAAGAUUUUUAACAAGAUGGAAGACACACACGGGGCGGUUAAUUAUAAACUAUGAUUAAACUAUUCAUAACCGAAGACACACGAGUACUAAUUAAAGCAGGUUCGAGUGCGGAGCAACACUUAGCCAGAUCGUGAUUUCUCAUGUUGCAUAUAUUAUUUUGUAACCGGAGCGUACAGGAUUCAUACAUUCUCGACAUCACGGCUAUCAUACGCGGUAUUUCAUCUUAAAAUUAAAGUUGAAACUUUUGGCACGAGCAAAACACUACAAUAACAGAUAAAUUCAAACAAAAUUUUAAUUAUCUUCCUUACGCUAAUUGCGAUAUAUCUCGAUAACUGUAUUUGUAGAUUAGUUUUGUUCGAUCUGAUCGCGUAAUUCGACGCAUUUUUAUAACAAUUUAUAGCAACAGAUGCGCAUUAUACAUUUUUAUGAUCAUUUCACCGAGUGCCGAGUGUAUUUUGUGAAUAAUUUUUAAAAGAUCCCUCGUUUUCGCGCCGCCGCAUAUGGUAUCCUUGGAUCGGGAACCUUAUAGAUUGCGUGUGUUCACCAGUAUGCACAUUCAAUACAGUACCAGUCGUUUCAUUACAGAAAGCAUUACAGAAUACAAUACAAAGUAGCGUAGCGUUCAUAACGGUAGUCCACUGUAGCGAAAUAGUAUUUAAACAAGCGACCAUCAGGUUGCCAAAAAAAAAACAGGAAAAAUGCCAUAAUCAACCAAAAAAAAUUGCAGAUAACAGUACGUAAAAGAGGGGAUUUUUUCACAGAGAGAGAGAGAGAGAGAGAGAGAGAGAGACAUAUAGACACAAGAUACACACUAUGUCACAUAGCACGGAGCUAUCGCGAAACUGUGCGAUGCAGCGAGAGAUUGCAUACGCGUGAUAAGGAGAGAAAGAGAGGGAGAGAAUGGGGCGAUGAGAGAGAUAGAGUACGUGAGUAAGAGCACAAAGAUAAGGUGAAGCACACGAUAUAUCUAAAGCUGCAUUCAUGUAAGCGCAAUGUGCACGCACGCAGCGCAAUGCAUGAAAGACGAGGGGCGGGCAAGAUGUACGUGGUCCUACGCGAGGAAAAAAAAAAAAGAGAGAGCGUAGGCUCGUCGGUGUUACACAAUUUAUGUAGGUAUAUUCUAUAUGUAUGUCGAUAUAUAGCAAAGUAUAUCGAUGGCAAACGAAAGUAAUUACAAAGAAGGAAGAAGCGGGAAAAUCGUGCGUUAAGCUGAGGGACUAGCUGCAUCGUAUUUUGUUUCGAACGCGCGAAUCAUCCCUGUUCAUUGAAAGAGUUUGGAGACAAGGAUCAGGACGGUACGGAAAAAUCCUGAGAGCGUAGUAUUUUUUGCAAAAAUAAUACCGAUUGCAUUGAUGUUGAGAAUCACAGCUUGCUUAUUUCGUACUUUUUGUGAGAAUUUGUUAUCGCAACGAAUAAUAUAAAUUAGGAUUGCACAACUCUAGCAGUUAAGGAAAGAAGCAUUUAAUGUAUAUCAAUGUUUAUCUUCUAUAUAAAUAUUUAAUAGAAAUAUCUGUAAUUACGUUUCAUAAUGUUUUUGCAAUUUAUAGUAAAUUGAGAAUUCUUGCUCCAGAAUGCGGACCGUCCUGCCUUGCAAUCCUUCUGUUAGUACAAAAAAAAAAAGAUGAUCAAUGUAUGAUACACAGGAUCCACUCACAGGAUCAUUUGUGUCACGGACAAGAAACAGCAUCUGGCACUAGUUCGUCACUUCGAUAAUGCAAGCUCUAGUCUGUUUUUCUACUUUAAUUGUUCGUUAGUUGGUCAGGAAAUGUCCUAAAUUUGGCAAGAGAAAGUCCGCUUCGUAAAAUAUAUAAAUUUUAUCAUAAUACGUACAAUAAGAAGCACUUUAUUGAAAGGAAGAAUGUUACGUUGUACAGAGAGGAUCUCUCGGAAAGAUGAUUUAUACUCGAGCAUAUUAGCAACUAUACAUAUCGGUCUCAAACAUGUUGAACAUUUUAUUGGCCUCAAAUCGUUCCUAAAUUUUAUUUAUUCAAUUUCUUCUCGUCUUAAUUGAAUGUUUAAAUCUGAUCUUUAUAUAUUACGACGUAAGAAGAGGCCUAGCAAUUUUCAUCUAAAAGAAAUGUUUUACAUCACAGUAUUUCUGCUAUUGUUACUAAAUCUAUAAUUAAAACACGCUACUAACAAAGCUCAAAUAAUUUUUUUCGAGAUAGUGUAUAUGUAAUAUAUUUUUCAUUGCGCGGAAUAUGAAUGAAUUGACAAUUGUCCCACAAUCUACUCGAGAAGCAAUUACUGAAAUAAAAACUGCCAUAUUCAAUAGUUACUGUCAAUUUCUAGUUCAGCGUUUGAUAUGUUAUUAGCAAGGGAAAGAGACAGGUGGAAUCCGAAACAAUUCAUAACAAGACCAAUGAUUGUCUCAGUACGUCCUAAGAAUAAAGAGAUAUGUUUUUCACAAGUAUAACUAGUACCGCAUGCGUUUUAUAAAACAACGAAUCUUUUAUUGAUAAAUGACUCGUUUUCGCUGGAGGCUAUGCAAUACUUUGUACAUCCGAGGUUUAUGGCAAUCUACUAGAAAGUGCGAUGUAUAAUACCGUCGUAAUCUUAAGUUCACUUUGAUAGAAUUUUAGAGAAAAUAACGGACGAUGAAUAUUUUUCACACACGCAACUAUUCUCGCUUCCGAUUUUUCUUUACACGAAUACAAUAAAAGUAAAGAUUCGCUUUAUUCGUAAUUUGUGAGAUCUGUCUUCAAUUGUUGUAUAGAAAAUUGUGCAAUAAGCAGAAACAAAUAAUUGUCACAAGAAUAGUACGUGCGUUUUUUACAUAAAAUAAUUUAUUCUCUCUUGUAUUGUAUAUCUGGUGAAAAUUCAAUUGCAUUACGCUUACAGGCAUUUAAUAUCGUUUUAGGCAGACAAACGCGCGCAAUGAAUGUUAAAUAUCUCAUUGGAAUAAAAUACCGAUCCAUAUCUAACGUGCAACGAGCGUCAAUUGCACACCAAAAAACGCAUCUCUCCCUAAUCAUUGUAAUUCUUGCGUUAUUUUUCCGACAACGAACGGGAACCAUACAAGCUGUAUAUCGAACGGAGUCGGGCAAAAGUAAUAUUUCCAAUAGCAAUAAAAUAAUCAUUCGAUCAAUAAUGACUUUGUGCAAUAAAACAAACGUACAUACGAUAUAUUAAUUACAGUCGGAUAUCUGUAAAAAAAAAAGACUCCCUUUAUCGCGAUAAGAGUGAAUAAAAGAAUAGGUGAUUUAUCGAUCACGAGAAACGGAACGCCCAACUCCGCUCCGAGCGUGGAAAAAGCGUUGUCGGAUUCAAGCGGUUCUGUCAAAUGCGAGGCUCAUUUAUUAUUAGAUUCUAGAUUAAAGCGACUCUUUGAUACUUUGAUAAAUCUGGCUGGUUUCCAAGACGAGUGAAUUUACGGAGGAAAGACUGGUGAUCAGCGGAGACAGAAAAAGCGCUACGCUUGUAUAAUUUACACACAUUCGUACCAACCGCGUCAAAGGCUGAAACAAUUAAAUGAGACACUGUCGAGAAGAGAAAAAAAAGGGGGAUAAAGGAUUCAAACGCGCGGUAAAAAGAAAUAAACAGAAUUCGCCGAAUAGAAGUCCUCCGCCUCGAGGAAAUUAACGUUGCGAUAAACAGGGAGAGAUUUAAUUGAGCGUAUUUUUGCGAAAGACGAUGUCGCUCGAAGACCCUCAGAAAGCAAAAAGAAAAAAAAAUGAAAAAAAAAAACGCACCGAACAGCACCCUUACGAUUUGGAGAGACGGCGAGAGAUAGCCACGGUGGAAAAAAAAAGAACGACAGAACGGAAGAGGGGUGUGCCACCCCAUUAAGGCCUAUAUAUCGCACUCGUUUGAAAACUUAUCGCAAGAAUGCACACGAAGUAGCGUACACUUGCUGUACUACUGUUUGUUGACUCGAAUAAAUAUGCGAAUUAAAAAAUCGGUUUGGUUUAUAAGUACACGAUGAGUCCAGGAUUCGCGCGAGCAGAACGCUAAUGAACGCCCGGGGAAGUGAAACCGGACUUGUUUCGCGAAAUGUGCGUGUAUUAUUUGUGCGAAAUAGUUUGAAUUGAAAUGGUAUGUAAAAAAAUGCAGAGAGAGAGAAAGAGAGAUAGAGAGAGAGAGAGAGCAGUUUCGGACGAGCAUGAGCGUUCCAUGCGGCGCGCGACAUUGUUAUUAUACGAUCGUACUCAAGAUGGCAUGGUAUACAAGACUAAGAACAAGACCUAAAAUAGGGACAUAAUAUUUUAUAACUCAACUUUUGUACAGAAUAAAUAAAUACUUGUACUGUGGA